AUGAAACCGCCACAAUUUCAUGGGGGAUUGGAUCCGUUAAAGGCAGAAGUAUGGGUCCUUGGAAUAGAAAAGUUAUUUGAAGUGUUUCCUUGCCUAGAAACACAUAAAGUAUUGCUAGCCACUUUUACUCUUGAAGAUGAGGCAAGAAGGUGGUGGAUGCUAAUGCGUGAAAAUAAUAAGGAUAUUGGUUGGGCACAGUUCUUGGAAAUUUUCUAUGACAAAUACUUUCCACAAUGUGUUCGUGACAGAAAGGUGCCGGAGUUCAUGGAACUGAAACAGAAUAGCAUGACAGUAGUUGAGUAUGAGGCCAAAUUUACUAAAUUGGCUAGAUUUCCACCACAUGUGGUCGACACCGACUACAAGAAAGCGAGACACUUUGAAGGAGGGCUACGAGAUGAAAUCUUAUAG